GUUUCCGAUAAUGUUCGUGUUUUUAGGGAUGAUAACAUGAUUAUAAUACAAUUUGCAGUAUUAUAUACAAUGCAAAUAAUCAUCAAAAGCUCUAUCUGUCUCAAUGUAAUCGAUUUGCCACUAGAUGCGUAUUAUGUCAAAAGACCGAUACAAAACAAAAUAUCGUUUAGAGCAUCGGACAUAGAUGCUGAGCCACCGCCACAGAAGUUAUCAACUGCGUCACCAACUUUAUCGCCAAUGACAUCGACACCUGUGUCGCCAUCCACGUCGCAAACUACAUCACCACCAAUACACCCAAUAUUGAAUAUACGCAGAUAUUGGCUUGUAAAUGAAAAACCUCAAAAAAAGAUAUAUUUAAAGGCCAAUCAAGGUUAUGAAGACGAAAAAGAUGUUACUUUAAAAAGUAAAAUAUCACUGCUGGUUAAUCAGACGAUGGAAGAUGGUCAUAAGAAAAUGCAAGAAAUAGAAUCUUUAAAAGAGAAAUACAGGGACCAGAAACCUUAUAGAAUUGGCUUCGUCUUAAGUUUGAUAAAGAAGUCGAGAGAUGUCCUCAAUGAACUAUUUAAUGUAGCUGUUAAACACAGAGAUGAAUGGAAAGCUCUAGAACAGCUUAAGAUCUUCGAAUUAAUCGUCCACACUAACGUUGAUACGACUAACCUCUUAAGGCAGCUUGUUGAUAUACAUUUAGGUAAUUCAACUUCGUCUCUUCCAGAUCCUACGCAAAAAGGUAGAAAUGGUUAAGUACAUAUCUUAUAAGUUUAUGUGCAAUUAUACAAAUGUGAUAACUACCAUUUCCUUGAACGAUACA